CAAAUAGACAAGCUUGAGGGAGACAUAAAAUUGUCCCCGAACGUAGCAGCGCUUGUCGCCGAGGGCGUAAGAAGAACAAAAAGGCCACACACGACAAGGGGUGCUGUAAAUAACAAGAUCUACUUGUGGAGCAAUGGUCAAGUGCCUUACGAGAUUGAUUCGGUGUUUGGUAAGUGUUGUAUAAAAGGCUCUUAAACUUAGCCCAAGGAGCCACCUUUACUCGAACUUUCGUACUUUUUGUAAGGUAAUAACAAUGUAUUAGUACUAUCUGGCGAAAGUAACGCCACGAAGCGCGGCGUCAAGGAGGCCUUUGCCGUCAAACAAAGACACCCAUCUCUGAAGAGGAAAGAGGGACUGGGUCUCCCGGCCAAUUACAAUCCUCUCCUGGGAAUACGUAACAACCUUUCAUUUUGUAACCUGACAUUUAACAUUGCUGAAGAAGUUCGAACGAUUCAAACGAAAUAUUCGAUUUUGUCUUAAUUUUUGCUCUGAGUCUGAAAUUUGUAAUCUAAAUGUCGUCGAGAUGGCAAAUAAGAAAAAACCUUUUUGGUAAUCGUGUUAAUAGAUUGAGCCUAGCAAUUAUGUCAUAUUGAACGGUUCCAAGUGAAAGAAGUGUACGGUCAAAAUUUUCAGCCUAAAAUGGAUUUAGAUAUUUUAUUUACUUAAGAUCAGAUGCUUUCAAGAUGAAAAAUACUCACAAAAACUUUUCCUAGAUUCUUACCCCAGCGACAGAAAAGCAAUAUUGGACGCCAUUUAUGAGAUGGAGUUGAUAUCCUGCGUUCGUUUUACCCCAAGGACAAACCAACAGUAUUACCUGCGAUUCAUCAGGAGCUCCGGGUAAGUGGAAAUUUAUGGCUUGCUUAUAAAAUGUUUGAUGUUUCAUUCACGAUUGAAGAGUGACGCCGGAAGCUUCAAUAGAAUGGAUUGGAUUCCCUAUUACUAUAAAAUAUUGAAUAUAAAAAUCGAAUAUAAAAAUCAGCAAAUACCGACAUACUGUGUUGGAGUAUGGUCUCCUCUAGCUUGAAAAAACGGCCGACGUUUCGCGACACCACCACUGGUUUCUGUAAAAUAACGUCUGAGGAACGACUACCCAAAUCUUGAGGAUAAUCUCAGGAUAAUCACACAACACAUGUGGGAGCUUUUGGUUUGAAUUAUUCCAGUCUCUUUGAUAUGGAAGUCCUCUCCCCGAGCGUAAACAAAAUUGAUUACAAAUUCCCGGCCGUGAUGGAUAAUAUUUGCUGGUAAUGAUAUAAAGACGCUAAUAAGGCUGCAGUGGCUUAUCCUCAGCGGAUCAAGGCGAGACGAAGUUAAUGUAUAAAGAGGGAGUAAACAGUGCGUCCUAUACUACUAUCACCAUAGAUCUGUAAUAAUAGAUUAACCUUAUUCAGACCGAGGGAGGAGUUGAGCCUUCACUUCACUAAAAAGUUGAAUAACUUUUGAAGCCUUCAAGCUAUGAACGGCCACAUUAAGCAAUGUUUCCAAAUCAUUUCUGAGAAACGAGCGCAGAAAUUCCAUACUGAUAACGCAACACUACCCAGAUCUGGGUAGUGCUUCGAUUGGUCGAGCAGCGUGGGAACUUUGAUUCAACCAAUCAGAAGCACUACCCAGAUCUAGGUAGUGACGUGUCAUCAGUAUGGAAUCUCUGCGCUCGUUUCUCAGACGUCAUUUGGCGGGGAAAACAGUGUUAGCGUCACCAAAUGUCGGCUGUUUUCUCAGGCUACCAAAACUUUAUCUGGGAACAUUUGAAAAUCGUCGUGACGUUUCGUCGACAUUGACGCUACCGUAGAGUUUUUCAAAAUUUGCAUUUUUCCUAUUUAAAAACGUUUUGUUCCUAUUUUUACUUAUUGAAUUAUACAUCAAUAAUUGAGUAUUAUUUACAGAAGCUCCCCCACCCCCGGCACCUGGAAAAAAAAAAAAGCUAGAAGCAGCAGAAAACACCGUUCUCUGUUUACUAACCGAAAUGAAAUUAAGUAUUUUCGAUUCAUGCUAAUAACUCAGAGCACUUGGUUUCGGGUAUGCAUAUGAAGAUGGGUAUUAAUAAAAGGUUUCACAGAAAUAAAUAAAAUUAUUUUUCGGGAAAAUUUGAAAAUCGUUGUUUCGUUUCUUUGAAAUUGGCGCUUACUUAGAGUUUUUUAAAAUUUUCAUUUUUUCUUUUUAAAAAAUUUUUUUUUCUAUUUUUUCUUAUUUAAUUUAAAAACAAAAAAUGAGUAUUAUUUACAGAAGCCCCCCCCCCCCCGGUCACAGGAGCAAAAAAAAAGUCUGUAAGGUUAAUAUAUAACUCUCUGUGUUGUACUCUGGCUAGAUGUUGGUCUUACGUUGGUCAAGCACAAAUCUCAGGAGGUCAGUCAGUCAGUAUAGGACAUGGAUGUGGUUCAAUUCCAACUGUCUCACAUGAAUUAAUGCACGCUUUGGGGUUCUUUCACACGAGCUCCCGUUAUGAUAGAGAUUCCUAUGUUAUUGUCAGGCAAGAUAAUAUCAUUCAAGGUAAGGGUUUUGAUGGAAGAAGAUAGACCAUUAAAGGCAAGCAUUUAGCGCGCUUUUCAGCUGAUUACGGAAAGAAGUGUGUGUUUGUUUAUAUUUGUAUUAAUGCACUUUCUUAUCUUCUGUUGCUCUUAAGGGUAUGAAGCCAACUUUCAGAAAUACACUCACGCUCAGAUAGACCGACUGGAAGCCCCGUAUGAUAUGAGGUCACUAAUGCACCUACCUCAGAAUGCCUUUAGUAAGAAUGGCUUUUCCACAUUGGAAGCACGUGCAGGAAGUCAUGUGGUGUUAGGAUCGAAGUCAGGCCUGUCGGAGGUUGAUAAAGCACAGCUCAAUCUGCUUUACGGUUGCACAGGAUACCCAAGUGGGUAACGGUGGGACGUUUUAUAGGUUUGCCUAACAUAGAGAACUGGGAGAACUGUUUAAAACACCCCAAAUCAUGUUUUGUUUGUUUGGUUGUUUUUUGAGAUACUAGAUAGUAGGAUACCGUCAAACCCCAAAACACCACAGCUAACUUGUAGGGGGAGCGGUUUGGCGUGAGAGAGGGAAAUUGCCGUCGUAGACAAGUUAAAACAGAGGGUGUCCACUAGGAAAAUAUGUGGCCUAGCGUUUUGAAGAGGUGGCCAUUUGGUUCGACUGUAUUUAAGGCCAUUUAGUUACUGUAACAAGAAUAUGUGGGUUGAGAUUGCUGUUGGUUGCCUUUUCUGCUCCAAGAGCUUUUUUUCAUUUCGAGUACUCCACAAUUCCUCUCUCUUCAAAAACGAACAUUUGUUUUCAAAGUGCGAUCUCGAAAAAUCCCAAAUUAGUUUGGGAAAUAAUUAAAUAGUUUCUCGCACUUUUACUGAGUUGCCCGAGAUUUUUUUGAACGAUGUUUGUAUUGGACGUCAACUUCCGUUGUGCUUUAGAAAGAAACUGCUUGAAAACUAAGCCGCAACUUUUACCGCACUAAAUCCUUUCUAUUUCUGAUCAGGUUGCUUCAAAGCCUUUGGUAUGGAAUCUUUUCACAUCCCGGAUUCCCAAAUUACCGCCAGCUCGUAUCAACAGUACUUUGAGCCAUCUCGGGGCAGGUUGCAUAUGACAGUAAGCGCCUCGGGGAAUGGUGCGUGGUGUGCAAAGCAAAACUACCAGCUCGGAGAAUGGCUACAGGUUAGAUGACAUACAAAAAGUAAAAAUAUCGAUGUAAACAAGCUGCAGAUGAAACGAAUGAUAAAUCCACAGGCCGGCGUGAUAAAAAUAAAUGCCGUUUUGGAAAAUUAAACAUACUUUGGACCCGAGCGUUGUGUUGCGCGGAGCAGCCCAACAGGACAGAAAGAGUACUUGAUCCUGAAGACCACCAAAUGGAAAUUAAUGGCUUUAAUACAAUUUUCCUUUCUGCUCAAUCCGGCUUGUGUUUUUUUUUCUUUCAAUAUUUUCAAAGGUGGAUCUGGGAGGUCUGAAAAAGGUAACAGGAUUUGCCACGCAAGGCAACAUGGACUGGCUUAGAGAUUCUUGGGUAACGAACCUUGAGGUUAUGAGUAGCCGUGAUUCUGUAAACUGGUAUAAAGAAUUUAACGGAAAGGUAAAUAAUACAGCUACUUAUUACCUGGCGUGUUUUCCUGUUACCAUGUGCGAGAAUUUUAAUAUGUAGAUAUGUGGCGGGAAAACUAGUCACGUGAUCUAAGAACUGAUUUUUGUUUGAGAACUAAGGUGCCUUGUAGUCGUGGAGCCGAUCGAGUGUACAGGAUCGAAUUUUUAUGAAGAAUCGAUGGCGAUGAAACCUUUCAAGUGUGUAAAAGAGUAUGGAAUUUUAAAAUGUGAACAUGUGGAGAGAUUUGCUUCUAGAAGAGUGAAGAAUUAAUCAAUUGCCAAAAUCGAAAUUGCAAGAGUGUAUCACAUAUAGUCAACUGUGACACAAUUCAUUUUCACACACCCUUAUAUUUUAGAUCGAUGUUUCAUGCACAAAAAUGUCAAAAAAGCUGCAUCAUGAACCUGUUGGUCUCUAAUGCUUAAUUAAGGAGCCUCGGUUAGAGAAUAUAUGCAGUUUUAGGUUAAUUAUGUGGCACACACGAAAUGCUUCAUUAGAGUGACAAAGAAGACCGGAAAUCAAUUUCAUCAGGGAGGACUAUUAAUCAUAAAUAUUUUUGGUGAUUAGUGCGGGCAUAGUAUCAAAACGUGAAAAAAAUGGCGCAAUUCUUUCACUUUUUCACCCAUGUCCAUCCUUGCUAUCCCAUAUCCGUUUCAACAGAGAGCAGGAAACAGUUCCAGUGCGUAAAAUAUAGUCUUAAUUAAAGAAACUGACCAUUAUAUUUAGAAUUUAAUUGACGCGAAGACACGUUUUAUCUUUUUUAAAAGAUAGCAAACAGCUUAAAAUGGCCCCUUUAUAAAAACAACCCCUGAGCCGACAUGCAUACGUAUAUGCUUGAGAAGUCCGUGACAAUUUGGACCCACUAGAAAGCCUCACAAUAUUUUUCUCCGUACUUUUUCUUGUAUUACAAUGACCAAUGUUUGUUUGCUGUAUGUUUAUCGCUUUUAGAUGGUCAGUGCAAACAUUGAUGCGAACUCAGCUCAGUAUAACGAGGCACCGGCCCCUUUCAUCGCUCGAUACGUUCGGUUUAUACCGAAACACUGGUACAAUGACAUUUGUAUGAGAGUUGAGAUCUACGGCUGCGACUGUAAGUUACAUUUUAACUGA